GCACGGCCAGGCAAAGCGGAGCCGGCCGUGCGGUGUGUGUGUAUGUGCGCGCGGGGCGCCGUCUCAGCCCCGGGAAGAUGGUGGCGGCGGCGGCGGCGACUCAGGCUAGGCUGAGGAGGAGGACUGCGGCGACGACAGCGCCUGCGGGCAGGAACGGCGGGCAGCGCCGGGACUGGGACGCGGCCGGGGCUGAGAGGCCGGGGCUGGGGGCCGGGCUGCGCCUCCCGCGGCGGCGGCUGCUGCUGCUGCUGCUCCCGCCGCUGCUGCUGCUGCCCUGGGCGGCCGAGGCCGCGGCGGCAGCGGCGGCGGUGUCGGGCUCAGCCGCAGCCGAGGCCAAGGAAUGUGACCGACCCUGUGUCAACGGCGGCCGCUGCAACCCUGGUACCGGCCAGUGCGUCUGCCCCGCUGGCUGGGUGGGCGAGCAAUGCCAGCACUGCGGGGGCCGCUUCAGACUAACUGGAUCUUCUGGGUUUGUAACAGAUGGCCCUGGAAAUUAUAAAUAUAAAACGAAGUGCACAUGGCUUAUUGAAGGACAGCCAAAUAGAAUAAUGAGACUUCGUUUCAAUCAUUUUGCUACAGAAUGUAGUUGGGACCAUUUAUAUGUUUAUGAUGGAGACUCAAUUUAUGCACCACUUAUUGCUGCCUUUAGUGGCCUCAUCGUUCCUGAGAGAGAUGGCAACGAGACUGUCCCUGAGGUUGUUGCCACAUCAGGUUAUGCCCUGCUGCAUUUUUUUAGUGAUGCUGCUUAUAAUUUGACUGGAUUUAAUAUCACUUACAAUUUUGACAUGUGUCCGAACAAUUGCUCAGGCCGAGGAGAGUGUAAAAGCAGUAAUAGCAGCAACACUGUCCAAUGUGAGUGUUUGGAAAACUGGAAAGGGGAGGCCUGCGAUGUUCCUCACUGUGUCCAUGAUUGUGGUUUUCCUGAUCGAGGCGUUUGCAAUUCAAGUGAUGACAGGGGAUGCUCUUGCUUCCCGGAAUGGCAGGGUCCCGGAUGUUCAAUUCCUGUACCAGCUAACCAGUCAUUUUGGACUCGAGAGGAAUAUUCUAACCUAAAGCUCCCCAGAGCCUCUCACAAAGCAGUGGUCAAUGGAAAUAUAAUGUGGGUUGUUGGAGGAUAUAUGUUCAAUCACUCAGAUUACAACAUGGUUCUAGCGUAUGACCUUGCUUCUAGGGAGUGGCUUGCCUUGAACCGUUCUGUGAACAGUGUGGUUGUCAGAUAUGGCCAUUCUUUAGCAUUAUACAAGGAUAAAAUAUACAUGUAUGGAGGAAAAAUUGAUUCAACAGGGAAUGUGACCAAUGAGUUGAGAGUGUUCCAUAUUCAUAAUGAGUCAUGGGUAUUGUUGACUCCCAAAGCAAAGGAGCAGUAUGCAGUGGUCGGACACUCAGCACACAUUGUCACAUUGAAAACUGGCCGAGUAGUCAUGCUGGUCAUCUUUGGUCAUUGCCCUCUCUAUGGCUAUAUAAGCAAUGUACAGGAAUAUGACUUGGCUAAGAACACAUGGAGUAUAUUACCUACCCAGGGUGCCCUUGUCCAAGGGGGCUAUGGCCAUAGCAGUGUCUAUGACCGAAAGACCAGGGCUCUAUAUGUUCAUGGGGGCUACAAGGCUUUCAGCGCCAAUAAAUACCGGCUCGCAGAUGAUCUCUACAGAUAUGAUGUGGAUACCCAGAUGUGGACCAUUCUUAAGGACAGCCGAUUUUUCCGUUACUUGCACACAGCUGUAAUAGUGAGUGGAACCAUGCUGGUGUUUGGAGGAAACACACACAAUGACACAUCCAUGAGCCAUGGUGCCAAAUGCUUCUCUUCAGAUUUCAUGGCUUAUGACCUUGCUUGUGACCGCUGGUCAGUGCUUCCCAGACCUGAUCUCCACCAUGAUGUCAACAGAUUUGGCCAUUCAGCAGUCUUACACAACAGCACCAUGUAUGUGUUUGGUGGUUUCAAUAGUCUCCUUCUCAGUGACAUCCUGGUAUUCACCUCAGAACAGUGUGAAGCACACCGGAGUGAAGCUGCUUGUCUAGCAGCAGGACCUGGCAUCCGGUGUGUGUGGGAUACAGUUUCAUCUCACUGUAUCUCCUGGGAGUUGGCAACUGAAGCACAAGAAGAAAAGUUAAAAUCAGAAUGUUUUUCCAAAAGAACCCUUGACCAUGACAGAUGUGACCAGCACACGGAUUGUUACAGCUGCACAGCCAACACCAAUGACUGCCACUGGUGCAGUGACCAUUGUGUCCCUGUGAACCACAGCUGCACAGAAGGCCAGAUCUCCAUUUCCAGAUAUGAGAAUUGUCCCAAGGAUAACCCCAUGUACUACUGUAACAAGAAGACCAGCUGCAGGAGCUGUGCCCUGGACCAGAACUGCCAGUGGGAGCCCCGGAAUCAGGAGUGCAUUGCCCUGCCUGAAAAUAUCUGUGGCAUUGGCUGGCAUUUGGUUGGAAACUCGUGUUUGAAAAUUACUACUGCCAAGGAGAAUUAUGACAAUGCUAAAUUGUCCUGUAGAAACCACAAUGCCUUUUUGGCUUCUCUUACAACCCAGAAGAAGGUAGAAUUUGUCCUUAAGCAGCUGAGAAUAAUGCAGUCAUCACAGAGCAUGUCCAAGCUCACCUUAACCCCAUGGGUUGGCCUUCGGAAGAUCAAUGUGUCGUACUGGUGCUGGGAAGAUAUGUCCCCAUUCACAAAUAGUUUGCUACAGUGGAUGCCAUCUGAGCCCAGUGAUGCUGGAUUCUGUGGAAUCUUGUCAGAACCCAGUACUCGGGGCUUGAAGGCUGCAACCUGCAUCAACCCACUCAAUGGUAGUGUCUGUGAAAGGCCUGCGAACCACAGCGCCAAGCAGUGCCGGACGCCGUGUGCCCUGCGGACAGCGUGUGGCGAGUGCACCAGUGGCAGCUCUGAGUGCAUGUGGUGCAGCAACAUGAAGCAGUGUGUGGACUCCAAUGCUUAUGUGGCCUCCUUCCCUUUUGGCCAGUGUAUGGAGUGGUACACCAUGAGCAGCUGCCCCCCUGAAAAUUGUUCGGGCUACUGUACCUGCAGCCAUUGCUUGGAGCAGCCAGGCUGCGGCUGGUGCACCGAUCCCAGCAAUACUGGCAAAGGGAAAUGCAUAGAGGGCUCUUAUAAAGGACCAGUGAAGAUGCCUUCUCAGGCCCCUGCAGGAAAUUCCUACCCACAGCCCCUUCUCAAUUCCAGCAUGUGCCUGGAGGACAGCAGAUACAACUGGUCUUUCAUUCAUUGUCCAGCUUGCCAGUGCAAUGGCCACAGCAAAUGCAUUAAUCAGAGUAUCUGUGAGAAGUGUGAGAACCUGACCACAGGCAAGCACUGCGAGACCUGCAUAUCUGGCUUCUAUGGUGAUCCCACCAAUGGGGGAAGAUGUCAGCCAUGCAAGUGCAAUGGGCAUGCCUCUCUCUGUAACACCAACACGGGCAAGUGCUUCUGCACCACCAAGGGCGUCAAGGGGGACGAGUGCCAGCUGUGUGAGGUGGAAAAUCGAUACCAGGGAAAUCCUCUCAAAGGAACAUGUUACUAUACUCUUCUUAUUGACUAUCAGUUCACUUUUAGCCUGUCCCAGGAAGAUGACCGCUAUUAUACAGCCAUCAAUUUUGUGGCUACUCCCGAUGAACAAAACAGGGAUUUGGACAUGUUCAUCAAUGCCUCCAAAAACUUCAACCUCAACAUCACCUGGGCUGCCAGCUUCUCAGCGGGAACCCAGGCUGGAGAAGAGAUGCCUGUUGUUUCAAAAACCAACAUUAAGGAGUACAAAGAUAGCUUUUCUAAUGAGAAGUUCGAUUUUCGCAACCACCCAAAUAUCACUUUCUUCGUUUAUGUCAGUAAUUUCACCUGGCCCAUCAAAAUUCAGAUCGCCUUCUCCCAGCACAGCAAUUUUAUGGACCUGGUACAGUUCUUCGUGACUUUCUUCAGUUGUUUCCUCUCUUUGCUCCUGGUGGCUGCUGUGGUUUGGAAGAUCAAACAAAGUUGUUGGGCCUCCAGGCGUAGAGAGCAACUUCUUCGAGAGAUGCAGCAGAUGGCCAGUCGCCCCUUUGCCUCUGUAAACGUUGCCUUGGAAACAGAUGAAGAGCCUCCUGAUCUUAUUGGAGGGAGUAUAAAGACUGUUCCCAAACCCAUUGCCCUGGAACCGUGUUUUGGCAACAAAGCUGCUGUCCUCUCUGUGUUUGUGAGGCUUCCUCGAGGGCUCGGUGGAAUCCCUCCUCCUGGACAGUCAGGUGAGUCUUGCGGUGGCCAGCGCCCUGGUGGACAUUUCUCAGCAGAUGCCAAUAGUGUACAAAGAGAAGUCAGGAGGCGUGAGAAACCGGAAACAGCAGCCCCCUGCACAGCCCGGGACCUGCAUUUGAGGCUGGGCUGGGAACUGUCCAGGAGCGAGCCGGGUGCGGCGUGCCAGCGCCGUCUGCAAGGAGGGGGCAGGCGGGGAGAUGCUGUGCGGAGCGGGCCGAAGACUGGAAACCCUCGAAACAUCCGACUCCUCUGCAUGUCCACGAGCUUUCUUUGCCGGUUUCUCCCAUCUGUGCUCCAGCAUCUAACCUUUUACUUUUGCAUAGGAAAUAAUUGAUUUAGUUGCAGGUCCAGGGGUGAUCCAGUUUUGCUGGAGGAGGCCGGGGUAGAGCGAGUGAGAGAGCUGGAACGACACUCAGGUUCACUUGUGGAAAACCGUUCUUGGGGCCGUCUCAACUUGGCAAAAAAACAAAAGAUGUUGUGUUUACAAGUAGACAUUCACUACCAGUCGUUCUUCAACAUGGUCUUUUAAAAACUAGUCAGAUGAAUGAAUUUGUUCUCAUCUGAAGCCUGCUAUCUUUUUUAAAAGAUGUGCUACUUAUUCUUGCACGAUGUAGGCAAAUCUCUCUCUUGCAGGGAGUAGCUUUUUUCUAGUUGAGAAUUAAUAAUGGUCCAUCUCUUUUGAAUCAUAUCAAACUAAGGUAGAAGGGGGCUAUUUUAAAUGUCAAGGUCAGCAGUGUUACUUAGAAUGUAAAAUGAUGUAAUAGGUAGUUUUCUAUAGCAACUUGAUUAAUUUAGUCUUAAUCCAUUUGAAAUCCUUUCUCUCUUUUCCUGUCUCUCUCUCUCUCUCUCUCUUUCUCUUUCUCUCUCUCUCUCUCACACACACACACACACACACAUAUACACACACACUAAGUGCCUAGACUUGAAAUAGAUCUAGCAAUUGAAAAGUUAGUAAGCCUAAGUUUUCCAUAAUUGCAUUCCUACAUUCGUAUAAAAUUUAAAUAGCUACCAUUGGCAAUCUGCUCUUUUUAUAAAAUCUAAUUUGCAGCCAGGAAAGAAUUUUCUCACCCCAGAGAACAUUUACCCUAGCAGCAGGCAAUGAGAGGAAAGAAGAAAUGACCAAACUGUGAAAGCUCCUGUCUGUUGUUGUCAAAAGAAGCACUAAAUAAGGUGUGGUCCUCGUGGGCCCCUGCCCCCCACUGACAGGCCUGACAUUUGCUCCAGCCCAUCUGGCCACUCCUGCCAGGACACCACAGUGGAAGGGACUUGUUCAUGUUACAUAUCUCCCUUGAGCAGAAAAGAGCAUGACAGCACUUGGAAUCCCUGCAUCAAAGAGCAACAGUGUGCUCCUGUAGAGUGCUUGAGCUGCUGGGUCAUCCUCAGGCUGCAGGGGAAAUCUCACACUCAAAGCCUGGAGAAGGACCUGGAACUGUUUCCUCUGCUCUCCUCCAGGAGAGGCUCAGCUAGGCUCUCCCAUCCUCCUUCCCAGACCGGGUGGUGCAGGGCAGUGACCACUGAGAAGGAUGAAGAGCACACAGAUAAAAUGGAGGAGGAGGAAUAACUAUGCUAAGGGGAAGGUGACCAAGUUUAAGUGGAGUAGGGCGAUCCUGCUCUUCUCUCCAGGCCACUACCUGGGUGUCAUGGUGUCCCUGUGUAUGGUGCUCUGUGUUCUGGCAGGAUGCGGCAGCCUCCCCAGGUCUCUCUUCUGCUUCAAAACUUGGAGUUCUCUGGCAUUGCCCUGUAGGGCCUCUACACAACCAUGCUUGUUUGUCAGUUUGGAGAAUUAAUACUCUAAAGAGCAAAGCCUGCAGCAUUUCACCUUUAAAUGCAGUGCCUAUGGUAGGAACAUUGUCUCCUUCCCAACACCAACCCCUCACCCAUGAAGAGUUGCCUGGAAAGAUGUUGAAACCCUAAAGUUGAAAUUUGAACCCUAAAACACUGUCUGAUGCAUAAAACAUCUCUACUUUGAGACUCACCUCUCAAAAAGCUGCUUUUUCACACCAUUGGCAAAGAGCAGACAAUUCUAGAAAAGACCCCUUCUCUUCCAAGCUUCCCACAUCCCUGCCCCACAUCACGGCACCCACAGAGAGCCUGCCACAGACUGGCACUGUACCCCUGUAAUUGCCAUGAGGCCUCUUGCCAGAGAGAGGGAGGCCACUGGAGAGGGACCUCCCACAAGGAAAAUCCUUGUUUGUUCAAAGGAUCAGUGUUUCUUUGGCCAAAUGAGUCUCUUCCCCAUGGGUUCCCAGGCCUUGAAAUAACAUGCACCAUGUCCCAUAGCCACCUGGUUUUGUUUUGUUUUGUUUUUCCUAAAAGACAGUUUAUUUUUUAAAAGGAAGGAAAAAAGGAGCAAGUGAUGUUUAAUUCUCCAACAGUGAAGAAACAGCUGAAUCCACCUGCUUCUCCUUUGCAGCCAGUAGACAGCUUCCUCCAGGCCCAGGCCAGAGGAAGAGAGUGGCAGGAAAGAGAGGCAUUCCGUUUAGGAGCCAGUUACCAAGAGGGCAUCAUCUGGAACUUCAGAGGAAUACCUCCGGGUCACAGGAGAGCCUGUAUAUAAGUUAAAAUAGUCAUGAAAACAUUGAUGUUGCACUUGUACAUAAUUAUACAGUAGUGUCCAGAAUGUUCAGACAUUCAGAGUGUACAUAAAACAGAAAACUAUGUUAAGGUAUUUUUAUUAAACGUAAUGGUGUCUGAGUUUUACCUAAUAUGUCUUUGUGCCACAUACCGGAUAUCCAAGUUUGAAGAAGUCCUCUCAUUGGGCCCUGAUUGAUAACAAAGCCAGAAAAAGGCAUCCCCAGUGUGCCAGUGUGUCCAAAUGCAUCUGGUAUGAGUUGGUUGACUCCAAAACAGAAGGCAGCUGUCAGUACACAGUGGAGAAAUUGGGCAUUGAGCCCAUUUAAACAGCAUUGUGUGAGGAGAAUUGAAGGCAGUAGGCAUGUCGCUGGCACUGUUGUUGGCUCUACAAGUGAGUCGUAAGUCUUUCUUUUAGCCUCUUGGUGCUGUGCAUGGCCAGGGAUGACCAAUCUUGUCCUGAGAUGUGUUUCUCUUAGUCUCUAAGUUCAAAGACUGUGUCAGAUUUUCCAGAAAGGGGUUUUCCAGGCAGCUUUUUGUUCCAUUUGGUCUAGAAUUGUAAUGAACAUUUCCCAGGACUGUGGUUUCCAUACUGAAAACCAGGGGUGGGAGUAGGGUGGCUAGUUCAUUGACAGAUAGCUCCCAUUUCCUCCUGGAGAACCACACACACCCUCACCUCCUGUCCACCCCCAACUCCUCAUCCUACACACACACAGUGUGGGGGAACUUCUGUGCUUCCUGUGAGAUCACCUCUAAAAGAUGGGAGGAGACGUGGAGAAAAGGCAACCUAUACUCCCCUGAGCUAACCCAGAGGAAAAGUAGCCCUGGACAGAAGACGGUCAGCAACAGGAAAACAACAUCCAUGGGGGAGGCCUGAAGCGCCAGAUUGGAGAUGCACCGCAAAGUCUGGAGCUAACAUGUGAGAAAGCCAGAGCACUCUGUAGAAAAAAGACGUUCCCAUCUUAGUGCAACUUGCUCCAUCGUCCCACAGAGUGUAUCUGGGGAGGGCGUGGGGAUUCACUUCCUUGGGUGCUGGUGUCAUUUUCAAGAACACCUUUGAUCCUUUAAUUUCUGUCAUCCUCCACACACAAUGAAUACUCACUAAGCACUUACUAACAACCUAAGCUAAUGCUAGAGUGGUGACCAAGAUGGAAAAGAAGCUCUUUGGAAUUAACAGCAAAACCCAGCUUGAGCCCCUCAUCCCAAGAGACCUUUCUUUCCUCGUGGUGGUUUCUGUGAGAAGUGGCCACCCCGAGGACAGACCCAGGAAGGUGGAGGGUCUGUCCUCGGGCCAUGCACCAGCUCUCUGUCUGAAACGUUUGCCCAAUUUACCAAACUCGGCUCCAACCAUAAAUAUCACCGUGAUGGCAGGCCCGCCAAGAGACAUUUGCCCGGAUUCGUUCAAACUCCUAACUACCCUUACCUGCAGGGAGAUGAUGUGGAGCAGAGAGGAGAACUGGCGCGCCUUCUCUUUCAAAGGCAAUAAUGGAAUCGACUUUCAGUAACUGAAAUUUGUGCACAAAACAUUCUAAACACUAGUGAAGCCUGUUUUGUUGAACUAAUUCUGGCUCUGGAAAUGUUUUUGUUUUAUAGGUAUUUACGGUUUUUGUUUUUAUUUUUGGUUUGGAUUCAAGCUUAGUUUGUUAAUAUGUAUAAUUUAGCAUCUAUUGCACUCAUGUAAAUAUGGAGUAAGUAUUGUAAACUAUUUCAUUGCUGGGGACUGUGGGUGUUAUACAUACAUUUAGGACUGCAAUUUUUUGGUAUUUUUUGUAUUGUAAAAUAACAGCUAAUUUAAGCAGGAACGAGAGAAUUAAGGGAGGUCUGUGCAUUUUAAACACAAAUGUGAAGAACUUGUAUAUAAACAAAAGUAAAUACUAUAAUACAAACUUCCUUCUGAAAUAAAAGUAGAUCUGGUAAAAAUGUG